CUUUUUGAACCAUAUGAAUUUAUUUUAUUCAAAGCGAUUAGUUCUACGGUCAUGGCAUGGCGUGGCAUGGCAUGGCACAACAUUUGCAACCACGAUGACGAUCCAAAAAAAAAAAGGUAUAUGUUACAUAUUUGGUCUAGAGAGCAUAACAAAAAGCAAAGCGGACGAACGAGAUAUACAAAACAGUAGAAAAAAGAAAAAAAAAAAAGUAGCCAAAAGAAAAGAGAGGAGAG